AUGGCGGAUGAACAGCAGUUUCUCCUGCAGAAGGUCCACAGCCUGAGCGACCUCGAACUGGCCGCGCUGCUGUCGCUCGUCGCCCGCGAGCACUGUCUGGUCAGCACCGUCCCGGAGUCGGUCGACGAGCUCGCCGAGGAGCUGCGCCUGAUCGCGUCGCACACCUUCAACCUCUCGUCGGCCAUUGUCAGCUGCCACGCCCACACCACCCUCGACGACUUUGCUACGGCCCUCCUGGUUCCCCCUCCGCCAGCCCGCGUCUUGCCCUCGUCGUCUCCAUCACCGCGCUCCGUCUCGCCGUACCAGCAGCGCCGGAGCAGCAACAACAAACCCGAGAAUGCCACCGCCUACAACCCCGCGCCUGGCUCGUCCGGUUCCUACUUCCCGGGGCUACGCCUGGGCGGCAACGGCGCCGGCCUCGGAGGUGGUGGCGGAAACGGGCCGACGACCUCUUCCCCGCCUGCGGUCGGAGGCACCACUUCGCAGCAGCAGCAACAGCAACAGCAGCCGCACAUUGCCAACGUAAUUCUCGCCAAGGACCUCGACCGGGCGCCGCGCGCCGUGCAGAUCCAGGCGCUGGAGCUGCUGCGCACGCGGCGCAUCUUCACGCGGACGAAUGUGCAGACGGCGCCCAAGCAGUUCCUGUUCGUGGCGGUGCUGGGCGCGGCGAGCGGGGGCCAAGCGCGCGUGACGCCGCAUCUCAAUGACUUCUUCUACAUUGCGCACUGGCACGACGCUGACGAGUUCGGGUUCGAGCAUCUCGACCGAGAAUGGGGCGCGGGACGAGCAAGAGCAUCGGGUGGGGGCGACGGCCUCAACGAGGGCGACUACGACGAUGACGACUACGACGGCAACGAUGCAGCCUCGACGGACUCGAGCCGCAGCGUCCCGCACGACGGCCCCGUGUUCAGCGAUGGGGACAUCGCGUUCCUGGGGCAGCUGGCACAGGCGGUGCACGUGUCUGUCGAGAUGACGCGGUACCAGGCCAACAUCGCUUCGUUCGUGCGGAUGCACCGGGCGGUGGCAGCGGACAGCGGGGCGUCGCCGGCGGCGACCAAGCACUUUGGGCGCCUGGCGCGCAGCCUGGCGGCGCUACACGGGCUGGACCACGUCACACCGUCGCUAGUGGCGCUCGCCGCCCGCAAGGUCUACCUGCACCGCCUGCGCACCGUCACCACAGCCCCCGACCGCGAGCGCAGCAUGCAGUGGGGCAGCCAGCUCGCCGCCGUCGCGGCCCUGCUCGACGGCGUCGGCCCCGAGGGCGUGCUGGACGACGUGCUUGACAUGGUCGCCGUG